AUGGCGUCGAUGUUCCUCUUCUACCACAUCACCUGUUUCCCAGCCCCUCAACGUAUUCAAACAGAAAACGCACUUGACAAGGUCGCCAGGUCCAAUGAAAAUAAAACCAUUUUUAGCCAAACUGAUAGGGUCCACAGGGUAGACGUCGGACCAACACCCCGAAAAUGUUUGCAACCUUUCCUCCUCAUUAUGGAACCUGAAUUCACUGUCCCUGACGGAAGGAGUGACGAGGAUCAAUUGAAGGCAGCUGCAGAAACCAUGGGAAACAACAGAAGUGUACAUGAAGAACCGUUGACACAAACACAGUACACACACCUGGACGAGAAGAGGAGGUAUCUGGCGAUGCUGAAGGAGAGAGAGGACCUGGUCUGGGAGCAGUCUCAAGAUGACGUCACUGACACCGAAUUCAUUGAAGUCACAGAGACCCCACCGAAAUACGCGGAAAUUCUUCCCGAAGACUUCCUGUUUCCAUUCGAGAAUCUGAUCUUUGAGGGAGGUGGCAACAAGGGACUCGCCUAUGUAGGUGGUAUAAAGUACUUGGAGGAAAUAGGAAUGAUGCCACGAAUUCGAAGAUUUGGUGGAAGUAGUGCAGGGGCAAUAACCGCAACACUGGUAGCCCUGGGUUACAGUUCCUGCGAUAUAGAAGUUUUCAUGUCUGAUGAUCUUGAGGAGAUAUUUUUAGACCACUCCUGCGGGUACUUCAGUCUUCUGCCCAACCUCCUGAGCAAGUUUGGCUGGAAUCCUGGCGACAGGUUUUCUGAUUGGUGCGGUGACAUGAUCAAAGAAAAGUCUUCGACAGCGAACCCCGACAUGACCUUCUAUGAUUUGUACAGAGAACGUAGAGUGGAGCUGUGUAUUGUAGUCACCAAUCUGAACCAGAUGAGGAGUGAGUACUGCCACCCCAAAACUACACCGGAUAUGCCGAUAAGGGAAGCAGUGCGCAUGUCAAUGGCUUUGCCAGGUUUAUUUACUGCCCGUUUCUAUGACAACCACGGUCGAAUGGACACGUAUGUUGAUGGUGGUCUCCUGUGUAACUACCCGAUACACUGUUUUGAUGGGUGGUGCCUAUCAAUGGCUAAAGAAGAUUCGUUCAUGCACCGUGUGAAAUCUCUGAGAGAGUUACCGUACUUGAAGUCUCAGUUCUUUCAACCACCAAGUAACAAAACAGUGGGGUUUCUUGUGUAUGAUGACGUAGAGAUGGAGAUCAUGAGGUACAGACUAGAACACAGAUACGGCUGUAACGAACCAGCAACUCCAAGUAAACAAACUAAAUUGUUUGAACUGAAGCAGACGAAAAAAGCUGCCAAAGGAAAAGCCGACUGUGAACACAGACGGAUCGUCAAGGCCGUGGAGAAUUUCAUGAAGGCACUAAACAAGCACAAUUUAGAUGACAAUGAAUUUAUUGAUAAACACAAACUACAGGAUGCACUUGAAGACACGAGGUUCCAGGGAUUUGGGAGAAGAGACGUCCAGAAUUUGGGCGAUUUUUUAUCCGCUCUGAUGGACACGAUGUUGACCAACCUCAAAUAUGUCUUUGUUAAGGAAUCUGAUGACUUCAGGACAGUGGGCAUCAACACAGGGCAUAUCGGAACUUCGGAUUAUGCCCUGGAAGAGGCAGAUAAAGAGUUCCUGAUUCAGAGGGGCUACAACGCUACCAGGGCGUUCUUGAAGUAUUACGUGGCUAAAGGCAGGGAGUGCCAGAGGAAAACCACAGGCCAUCUUCUCAAUGGGGGCCCUAACACGGACGUUACAGAUGGGGGCCUAGGGCUAGACACUGGGGGCCCUCACACAGACGUUACAGAUGGGGGCCUAGUGCUAGAUACUGCUAGUGGGGGCCCUGCUAAAGACAACACUUCUAAUGGGGCCUCACGAUAG